AUGGAGGGCCAACGAGCAGCUGGUGGUGCGAUACUUGGGGGCUCGAGGCCGGUGCGUGCAGGCGCAGCUACGCCGUACGAGGGCCGACGCGCCGCGCGAGGCCACAGGGCUGAUGGCAGCGAGGUCAAGGUCGAGCACGACAUGCGUCCAUGGCGGCAGGCUGCUCGUCCCUCCGAUCCUGGCUCAUCCUCAGGGUGGGCGCGAGCCAGGCAUGCGUCGCCGCAGGCGGUGCGGACGAGCACGACUAGCGAGAAAUAA